AGGGUCUUUCGAAGGGCCACGUUUCUGGCGGGCGGCUUCUGCCUUAACGGGGCAGCUCAGCGGCAAGAGCUGGCAAAGGCGUCUCCUGGGACUUGACAAAAGAAGCCGCGCCCCAGCCUGCUCCUGGAAAGGCUGUGCCCGCCUCCUUUUUCCCAAAUGUCUUUUACAGGUUUGGCCAGUUGAACCCCUGCGGGAGAAGCCGCGCUAGGCGCCUCAUUGGGCGGCUGAUCAGCUGACGGUGGAAGGAAGGAGGGACGCAAGGAAGAGAGAAGGAAGGAAGGCCGGCGAGGGGGCGAGCGAGAGGGGAACUCAGUUAGCAUGGCGGGGGAAGAGGAGAACUAUUACGGCAAGCAUGGGACACCCCAAAAGUAUGAUCCAACUUUCAAAGGCCCCAUCUAUGACAGGGGUUGUACAGAUAUCAUCUGCUGCAUCUUGCUCCUGCUUUUCAUUGUGGGCUAUGUCAUCAUAGGGAUUGUGGCAUGGACACAAGGAGACCCCCGGAAGGUGAUCUAUCCAACAGACAGUCGUGGGCAAUUCUGUGGCCAGAAGGGAACACCCAAUGAGAACAAACCUUUCUUGUUCUAUUUCAACAUCAUGAAAUGUGCCAGCCCUUUGGUAUUGCUGGAAUUCCAGUGUCCUACCACACAGAUCUGUGUAAGCAACUGCCCAGAUCGGUACCUCACUUACCUCCAGGCCUCUACCACUGAUCUCUCAGCCACCAAGGAACUCAAAUACUAUCAGCAGUUUUGUGUCCCAGAAUUUACCAAUCUGAGGAAGAGUGCACCUGAAGUUUUGAAAGAUGGUGACUGCCCAGCCAUGCUUACUCCGAGCAAGCCCUUGGCUCGCAGAUGUUUGCCUGCAAUCAACACUAAGAAAGGGAUAAUCAUGGUUGGAAAUGAGACAACCUUUGAUGAUGGAAGAGGAAAGAAAAGGAAUGUGACAGAUCUUGUGGAAGGGGCCAAAAAGGCAAAUGUGGUUCUGGAAGCAAGACAAGUGGCUAUGAAGAUCUUUGAAGAUUACACUGCUUCCUGGUAUUGGAUAAUCAUAGGUCUGGUGAUUGCCAUGGUGGUCAGUCUCAUCUUUAUUGUCCUGCUUCGGUUUCUGGCAGGGAUCAUGGUCUGGGUAAUGAUUGUGCUGGUGAUCCUAGUGCUUGGAUAUGGAAUCUUCCAUUGUUACAUGGAAUAUGCCCACCUGAAAGGACAGGCUGGUUCUGAUGUCUCAUUGAUGGAACUUGGGUUCCAGACUGAUCUCCGUGUCUAUCUGCAUCUGAAGCAAACCUGGCUGGCCUUCAUGAUAAUCCUUUGCAUAGUAGAGGUUAUCAUCAUCUUACUGCUCAUCUUCUUGCGCAAAAGGAUCCUCAUUGCCAUUGCACUGAUCAAAGAAGCCAGCAGGGCCAUUGGUCACAUCAUGACAUCUCUGCUUUUCCCCCUCUGCACGUUUUUCCUCGUGUGUCUCUGCAUUGCUUACUGGGCCAGCACAGCUGUUUUCUUGUCUACCUCUAAUGAAGCUGUCUACAAGGUGUUUAAUGAGACAGAAUGCCGAUAUGCUGGAAUGGUCUGUAACCCAGAGACCUUCAAUAUUAGCAACAUAACCAAGCAGUGCCCGGGCUCUCGUUGCCUCUUUGCCUUCUAUGGUGGUGAGACUGCCUACCACAAAUACCUCAUCAUCUUCCAGAUCUACAAUGUCUUCAUGUUCUUCUGGCUGGCCAACUUUGUUAUUGCCUUGGGCCAAGUCACAUUGGCUGGGGCCUUUGCCUCCUACUACUGGGCCUUUAAGAAACCUGAUGAUAUGCCAGCAUUCCCCCUCUUCUCUUCUUUUGGCCGAGCACUCAGGUAUCACACUGGAUCCUUGGCCUUUGGAUCAUUGAUUCUUGCUAUUGUCCAGAUUAUUCGAGUAAUUCUGGAGUACCUUGACCACAGGCUAAAAGCUGCUGAGAACAAAUUUGCCAAGUUCCUCUUGACAUGUCUCAAAUGCUGCUUCUGGUGCCUCGAGAAGUUCAUCAAAUUCUUGAACAGGAAUGCAUACAUUAUGAUUGCUAUUUAUGGCACUAACUUCUGCACUUCUGCAAGGAAUGCCUUUUUCCUGCUCAUGAGGAAUAUCGUCAGGGUAGCUGUUCUGGAUAAAGUCACUGAUUUCCUGCUUUUCCUUGGAAAACUCUUGAUUGUAGGAAGUGUUGGUAUACUUGCCUUCUUCUUUUUCACCCAGAGAAUAAAACUGAUUCAAGAUACUGCACCACCUCUCAACUAUUACUGGGUUCCCAUUCUGACUGUGAUUGUGGGCUCCUAUCUCAUUGCACAUGGAUUCUUCAGUGUGUAUGCCAUGUGUGUGGACACGCUUUUCCUCUGUUUCUGUGAAGAUCUGGAAAGGAACGAUGGAUCACCUGAGCGACCUUAUUACAUGUCCCCUGCACUGAGUGAAAUCCUGCUGAAAGGAACUCUAGAGUCUUCCAAAAGUGCUGAGAGCCAAGAAUAGGGAAGAGUGUACCAAGUGGGAAAGGCAUAUGCAGAUGUCCCAAUGCAGGCCUUGUAUGCACAUGUCUGAUCAAUGUGCAAGGGCUGUUCCAUCAUGGCUACCCUAAGCACUGGUGCCCACCUUCUAAUGUUGAUGCUCCAGGAGGUUGAGGAUGAUGCUUGUGAUUUUUGUACCCAGCAAACAGGAGACUGUGAUAUAUAACCUGCCUCUACCCAGAAAAUAUUUCAGCACCAAAGGAAUGGAACUGAAAUUGGAGGUUUAGGGUGCAAUCCUAUGCAUGUUUAGGUAGAUAAAUGUCCUACAACUUCCAGUGUACCCCAGCCAUGUAUAGGAUUGUGCCCUUAAUAUACUGUUGGGUAAUGGGCCACUUUUUCCAUUGUUGCACCAUACAGGGUUGUUCUUUGCCCUCUUCAAGAUGUCAUAUUUAUAGCAAAGCUGGCUAUUUAAACAGUGUUAAACAGAAUACAUGCAUACAGUACAAAUGGGUAUUGUAGAUAUUUAUAUUUCAGCUCUUUUCUAGCUUUUUUCACCUCUUUGAUUAGGCAGAAGUGGGAAUGAGUCACUUUUUAAAAUCUGUUUGUGACCUCUAAGCAUGCUUGCUUUGUGAUUCCAAAAAGGCAGAAGAUUCAAAAUUGCUGAGGUUCAGUGGCCUUCUGUGGGGCUAGCUGUGCGAGUUAAACAAUCUCAGUAAGUGGAAACAUCAAACUGCACAUGAAUCCCCAUUAGGCAGACAUAAAUGGAGGUGAGAGACGUGCUUCUGGCUUGAGAAACUGAGCAGCAGCUCAGUGGAUUGGAUCAACACAGAGACAGAGAUUAAAUACCUUGGAAGCAAUGGCAUUUCGGUUAGCCAUAAGUUGCCUUUGUCCUGAAGUUCUUCCUACAAAUCUGUGGAACCCUUUCUCUGGAGGCUGACAGAUCUAUUAAAAUAAUGGUUAUUUCACCAGUAACCAGAAGCUUUUGAGAUUUGUUUCAGCGUCAAGCAGUGUUGCAUAUGCUGUGGAAGCCUGCUGCCCUGGAUUAUUGCACUUAGUGAACUGAGCUAAAACUCGAGCAUGCUGUUGAGUGUAUGGCUGCUUACAGAGUAAUCUGGUGUAGAAAUAGCUAUACUUGCCUCUUUAUAAAGCUUGUCUUGAUGCAGGAAGAAAUUACCAUUUUUAUAACACGUCUCCUUCUACAAUAUGGCCCAAAUUUAACAUAAUGUUUGGUGUGCUCCAGCCUAUUGAAGUAGUUGGGUGCUAGCAUACCUAACCCUGUGUUGGAUUGUGGUCAAAACAUGCCUUUGAGAUUUCUAGCACAUUUUUCUGCAGUUUUCAAGAAUCUUGGAAAUUUAUAGCUGAUAGUUCCUUCUUACAACUAAUUAAAACUAGGUGGUUUCAUUUCUGAAAAUGCAAAACAAUAUAUACACUUGGUAAUACAUAACACUGGAGUUUAAAUCUUUUCUGCUUUUAUAAAUGUCUGUUAGUCUAUUAGCCUGUAAUCUGGACUGGUUUUGCCCUAUGCCAGAGAACUACACAUUAACACCAGUCAGUUUUGAACUAAAAAUUCAGUGCAUGAAUUUUCUGGGUUGGGAGGAAUGAAGGACUAGGAAAUGGUGAAGGGGAAUAGUAGUUGUAGUGGCAAGAUAACAUAAAGGAGGCCAUACAGUUGCAAAGGAAUAAGAACUUUUUUUGAGAAUGGUUGAUGCACUCUGCAUCAUGUCCUUGGUAGACAAAAGUUCAGGUUUUAUCUUGGGAAAGUCAGUGCCUUAUUAAAGAGAUACUAACUUCCAAGCAGUGUCCUUCAUGGUGGCUCUCUGUGCAUCAGGAAGUAUAUUAUCCAGUUAAAGUUUCUUAUUGAAACAGAAAGAUAGAGCAACUGUUUAUGAAUAUGUAAACCAGCUUGCAAUUUCAAGUUGUAAACUUGAGUAAAUGUUCGUGUAGGAAGAUUGUUUUUUUAAAAUGACAAAUUGUUAUGGCCUCAUUUAUUUAUAUCUCCCUUGAUGUCUGUUAUCUUUGAUGGUUGCUUCUGGUACAAACAUGCAAAAAGCAGCAGAGGAAACUAAAUUGAUAAGAGAGGCACUGAUGAUUCCAUAAGCAUGAGAGCAAGAAACUUUUUUUCCAAAAUGAAUUGUGGAGACUCUUAAGGAUUCCAAAAGGUUCCCCACAUUCUAUUGAUAAUUCUGUUGUGUACCAUUUCAUGAGACCAAUGGCCCUACCUGUUUCAGACUUAAGGCAGAUGUGUUUUUAAGAGAAGCGAAAGUGCUUAAGCAAAAGCUUUGCAACAAUUUUCUUUUGUUCUGCCAUUGACUCUGACCAACAGAUUUUUGAAACCUAUAACUUCUGUUUAGCAGAAGCAAAAGUGGAAUAAGUGUACAUACCAUGAGCACUUUGUCCUCGUUCAAACUGCCUUCAGCUAUUUGCCAAUCUAUGGUGCUGUUUCAGCCUGAGUGCUGUGUUGUUGAGCCAGGCUGGAAGUAUGUCCUUCAAAGGAUUUGAAGUCUUCACUUUGUUUUUCUAGGAAUUCUUUGUUGUAAUUAAUAGUUUUCUUCCACCACUAAAACAGACACUCCUGGCUAAUAAAUGUCAUCCCCCAAAUUUGCUUUGGAAAGUCCCCCAAAAGUUUAGAGUAAAUGUGUUCAUUUUGAUUGAUUUGUAUCCUUUCUACCAAGAAAUCUGGGGCUCAGGGUAGACAUUGGGAAGCUUAGGGGAGAGGAGAGGAAGGUAAACUUUCAUUGAGUGAGCAGAAGUCCAUUUGUUUUAGACCUUGUUGGAGCAGCUGAGCCAGACCUGAGCAGACUGAUCAGAUCCUGUGUGAAGAAUUUGCUUAUUUCUUGUUCUAAUGGCUUUGUAUCCACAUGUCUUCUCCUGCUCUCUUUCCCUGAUCUCAGCUUGAAAACACAGAAGGCUCCACAGACCCUUUGUAAAGGGAGAUGACUGGAUGCAGGUCUAAUAUGUGCUCACAUGAGAGGCCAGGAUCUUUUCUAGAAUUUACCUAUCACUUACUUGCAUCACUAAGAUGCACUGCAUUAUCUAUAUAUAUGAGUAGGAAAAUAUAAUGCUUCCAGACAGCUAGAAGGAAAAAAAGGAUUUUAAAAAAAUUUCCAAAGAAAGGAUAAGUGGAGCAAAAAAGCUGUCAGGAGCACAUCGCUCCCUUGCCCUUUUUCCUCCCCAGCAGACUUAGAUGAAAUCUUAGAAGCACAGUCCGCCUGUACAGGUGAUAAACUGCAUAAAGUAACAUUCCCUUUGAGAUGUAGGAGUAUCAUCUACCCAUGUGAAGAGCUGACUCCAACCUAGAACAUCUAUCUGCUCCCCUCUCCCUUUCAGAAAGACCAUUACUCCAUGCUCAGGGUGGCUCCUGCUGAGUGAAGCUAGACAGCUCGAAUGUCAGAUGCUAUUUAAUUUACCAACACAUUUCACCUGUCACCUCCUGGCAGGAUCAAAGCAGUCGCCCUCAGAUUCCACCCUUUCUGGUCUGAAAUGUCUUCCUCCUUUUCCAAGGCAGGCUGGUUCUCAUGCUGGUAUCUCCACUUUGUAACCUUGAAACUGCAAAGGCGACAGGUGACAUAUGCCUGCCUCUGCUCCUCUGCCACCUCCUCUGAAUCUGAAGAAUCCAUCUGGACAGACUAGCCUGAGCGAGCUAGGCCCCCUCUCUGUAACCCCGUGCCACUGCCUUAUUCAUGGAGGAUGAUGGCUAUCUGUUACCUCCACUAGCAGAAUCAGUAUGUCUCUGCAUGGCAGUUGCUGGCAAAAAAGUGGGAUGGUGCUAUUGGGCUUUUUAUACUUUCUUUAUAAACAGAACAUGGGACUGGGUAGGCCUUUGUUUGGAUCCAGCAGGGCUCUUAUGCCCUUAAUGGCAGUUCCUGCAAAAGAGAGACUGAACUACCAUAUUUUGUACCUUCCAUGUCCAUGGUCAACCCUGUGAAAAUUAAGAUGGGCCAGAGAAAAACACGUCACUUUUUUUAAAAGUGCAUGAAAUAGCCUGUGCUAUUACCCUUGGUUUUUGAUUCUUAAAAUUAAUGCUAUUCUGUUAAUUUUUGUCCCUAAAAAAGUGAUAUUCAGAGUUUAUUCAAGAGUUGUCUGACCUCUUUCAGCCAGAGGGCUGGAUUCCAUGUCAAAAAAGCUACUGGAGGCCACUUUCCAGUGGUGGGCAUGGCCAAAGACAAAUGCGCAGCAUUUAAAAUACCAGCUUCUUUUAGCUUAAAACAUUUACCGUUGGUAACUGAACUGCAGGAGAGGCAAACUUUUAUUUUUCUCAGAAUUCAGAGAUUAGACAUGUAGACUCAUUUGGUCACUAAUGUGGCUCUGAAAAUGAUUUGAUAUAUCCCCUCACACUGAGACAGGGUUCAGCGAAGCCCAUCCUCGGCCAGAUCUUCCAUAGUGAGCAACUGCACAAUCUUCCUUGCUAGACAGGAGGAGUGAGCUGCCAGUACUGUCUUGUCCUCAUUCUGAUACAUGUUAAGUGGGAUGUAUUUUGUAUCUUGGGGGGAAACUCCACCUCUAUGGCUCAAUAUAGUCAAUGGUCAAGACUUCCCUUAAAUUCAGCUGCAGGUAUCUGCCAUCUGUUAGUUGUAAGGCAGACUUUUCACACCCCUUUGCUGGGGGGAUUUGUGUCUCUUUGCAGUGGAAGACCUGGAACGUAACGAUGGCUCUACCGAAAAGCCUUACUUCAUGUCAUCUAAUCUGAGAAAGCUCCUGAAGAAGACUAACAAACAGCAAACAGAUGCAUAACUGACUUCCACUGUGUGUGACCCCAGGGGUAACACGCAGCAGACACAAUGAGUUUUGUCAAGCCCUUUUCUUCGAAGAGCAGACUUUGUGGCCUUAAGAUGUCAUGUUUUCACUUGCUGUGCUAAACAACAGUAGUUUGCCCUGAUCUGACAACACUCUUGAGCCUUUCCCCAUUGUUUGCAGUGAAAAAUUACCAGUUUGUGUUGCCGUAGCUCCAUUUUAGGAUUUCAGCCCAAUAGAGCAAAUUAAGCGUAGAAAUACUCUGCUGCCUGUUCAGUCAAAAGCCAUUUUCCUUUAGGCAGUGCUAAUUAGAAGUGAUCCACUGAGGCCACAACUGAGUUGGUUCAUUAUUAACUACAUGUUCCAAAAGGUCUAUUCUUGUAGCUACUUACUUUAGUGUAUAGUUUGGUCACGUCAGACAAACACCUUAACGGUGUAGGCUACCCAGGGAAGAGUUUGGUUCAAUUAAGAUUUUAUUUUAUCUAUUUUCUAAAAUGCCAUUCUCAGGACAGUUUUGGAAAUGAAACCAGCUGUGUUAUUAAAAUCCUGACAAGAAAGGCUUGUUUUAGAUCAACAUUGUUGGGGCUGGGUAAUAGAUCUGUUUCUUGAACGAUAAUGGGCCAAAAUUGUUGCAACAAGAGAGGACAACAGUCUAUGAAAGAUUAUUCUUCAACUGAACAGUGUGCUUAGAAAAAAUUGAAAUAAUAAACUAAGCAUCUUGUGAAAUAGCUAAAUAUGAUGCAAAACCUAACUAUAUGCAUAAUAUCUCAAGAAACAAUAAGGAAGAAAGUAGUAGCAUUUAAGUUAAAGUUCCAUUUCAUGUGACUAUACAUCAAUGAGUGGCUUAAUUAUUCACAAAUAAAAUGAUAAUGCUAUCAAUUUAUUUUUAAAUCUGCUCAGCUGCAAGUUUAUUUUUGAUUCUGUAUAUGCUUUCUCUACUUUCCUAUACAUCCCUGAAUCUUUGAAAAAUACUUAAAACUAAAAUAAUAAACAUUUUGUUUUGUA